AUGGCGCCAACGUGGGACAGACUGAUCCGCUUCAUUGCCACAGAUGGGCGCGAACUGCGAGGCCAGCCUAUCCUGCCAUCGCCCGAUUUCGACGUAGGCAGCACGACCGAGCAAACCGGCUUAACGGCCAAAGUCAUCAGCCUGAAGAAUGGAGACAUCUUCAGCGAGGAGACAAAAGUCACAGAUGAGAUUGCCACAGUGAAGAAGCUGUUGGGGCCUGUGACGGUGGAUGAGGUACCGAUCAUCAGAUGUAUUGGCUUGAACUUCAUCAAGCACAUCCAAGAAGGCGGUCGCACCCUCCCCCCAUACCCCUCCACCUUCAUAAAAGCAAACACUUGCCUAAAUGACCACGGCGCCCCUAUAGUCAUCCCCAAAAUCGCUCAAGACAACCAAGCCGACUACGAAGGCGAACUCUGCUUCAUCAUCUCUCGCGACUGCAAAGACGUGUCCGAAGCAGACGCCUACGCUUACAUCGGCGGCUACUGCUCAGGCAACGACGUUUCGUCGCGCAAACUGCAACGCGACCCUCUCCUCGCGGGAACUGUGCCACAGUGGAAUUUCAGCAAGGGCUUCGAUACGUUUGCGCCCCUGGGGCCGCAGCUUGUGAGUACGAGAGUGAUUCCGGAUCCGGCGGAAUUACAUCUGCAGACCAAGGUGAAUGGAGACCUGAAGCAGAGUUCGGGCAUUGAUGACUUGUGCUUCAAGAUUCCGACCUUGGUGAGUUAUUGUAGUCAGGGGACGACACUAAAGAAAGGAACUGUUUUCAUGACGGGUACCUGUGCCGGGGUCGGGUAUGCGAUGAAGGAGCCACAAUUUCUGAAGCCGGGAGAUGUGGUGGAAGUGAGGAUUUGGCCAGAGGUCGGCACGCUGAGGAAUCCAGUCGAGUAUGCUUAG